AUGUCCACCAGAAGAAGAGCUGCCGCAAAGGCUCCAGUCGAUCCACCUCUGGACGGCUGCGCAAUCGCAGUGAGCGGCAAGUUUGACGAUAUUGGUCACAGCCAUGCCUCUCUAGAGACUCUCAUUCACAAACAUGGUGGAACUUUCACCAGAAGCGUCACAAAGGCCACCACUCAUGUUGUUUCUACUGAUGAUGACUUUAACUCCGGCAGCAACAAAGUCACCACCGCACAAGCCAAGGGUCUUCCCAUUAUGAACCCAUCAUGGUUGCUUGACACCGACUCCGCAGGCACCAAGCAGAAUCCGGAUGACUACCAUUGGUCGUCUUCCAAGACCAACAGCACUGCCAAAUCUACUGCCAAUGGCGCGUCCAAGAAGAGAUCCCCUCCUACGGACGACGAUGAAGACAGCCAACCUAGGUCCAAGCGCGCACGAAGCACUAGCGUUGCUCCUUCAUCCAAGGCAAAGCCCAAGGCCACCAAGAAGGGGGCCAAGGCCAAAUUAGAUGUUGCGGCCGAGUCCGAGGAGGAGGAAGAAGAAGAGGAGAAGCCCAAGACUAAGGCCAAACCCAAGGCUCCUGUCAAGAAGGGCACCAAGGGUAAGGCGGCAGUCAAAGCUGAACCUGAACCCGAGCCUGAGUCCGAGCCCGAAGACGUGAAGGAGGAAAAGAUGGUUGCUGAAGGCCAGUUCAUCAAGAAGAAGGAUAUCGCCAUUCCCCUUGACGAACACUGCACUCUCCCCAACUAUCAGGUUUGGGUUGAUCCUGAUUCUGGUCUCAUUUAUGAUGCCUCACUGAACCAGACCAACGCCGGAAAUAACAACAAUAAGUUUUACCGUAUUCAGGUGUUGAAAGAUCCCAAGGCAGCAACUUUCAAGACCUGGACUCGAUGGGGUCGUGUGGGAGAACCCGGCCAAAAGGCUAUCCUAGGAAACGGAAGUCUGGAUGACGCUGUCAAAGUUUUUCAGAAGAAGUUUAAGGACAAGUCUGGCCUCGCCUGGGAUAACCGUGGUGCCGAUCCCAGACCUGGCAAAUACGCUUUUGUCGAGCGUAGCUACAAUCCUGACUCUGACUCCGAAUCGGAUGAUGAAGAUGACAAGGCUAUCAAGAAGGAGAACGGGGAGAAUGAGGAUGAGGCCCCAGAGCCUGAAUGCAAACUCGAGAAGCCCGUCAAGGAGUUGAUGGAACUUAUCUUCAACCAACAAUAUUUCCAACAGGCAAUGACCUCCCUCAACUAUGAUGCCAACAAGUUACCCCUAGGCAAAUUGAGUAAGGCAACUAUUACCAGAGGUUUCCAGCAGCUGAAGAACCUUGCGGCUCUGUUUGAUAACCCCAAUCUUGCUUCCACCGAGUACAACAUGAGCGUGGCUCAGGCUACUGAGCAACUUUCCAACACUUUCUAUUCGGUCAUUCCUCAUGCUUUCGGCCGUAACCGACCACCCGUUAUUAAUACCAACCAGAUGCUCAAGAAAGAAAUAGAGCUUCUGGAGAGCUUGUCGGAUAUGAAGGAUGCAGCCGAAAUCAUGAAGGUUGACCGCAAGACGAGGGAUACUAUCCAUCCUCUUGAUCGCCAGUUUGCGGGUCUUGGCAUGGAAGAAAUGACUCCCCUUGAACACAACAGCAAUGAGUUCACACGUCUCAAGAACUACCUGAACGAGUCUAGAGGCGCAACUCACAAUAUGACCUACGACGUGAAAGACAUUUUCCGCAUUGAGCGUGAAGGCGAAUUCAAGCGAUUCGACGACUCUAAGUUUUCCAAGAUGUCGUCCGAUCGUCGUCUCCUGUGGCACGGUUCCCGAGCGACCAACUUCGGUGGUAUCCUUAGUCAGGGUCUCCGAAUUGCGCCGCCCGAGGCGCCUUCAACGGGUUACAUGUUUGGAAAGGGAAUUUACCUUGCUGAUAUGUCCUCCAAGUCAGCUGGCUACUGUUGCGCCUACAACUCUGGUGGUGAAGCGCUUCUUCUUCUUUGUGAAGCCGAGCUCGGAGAUCCCAUCCAGAAGCUUACUGGAGCAAGCUAUGACGCUGGUGCAACAGCCAAGAACCAAGGCAUGCACAGUACCUGGGGCCAGGGUCGAACUGGUCCCAGUAGUUGGAUCGACGCCGAGGUUGUUCAUGAGAACCUCAAGGGCAUCAAGAUGCCUGAUCCCAAUAUCAAGCCCGGAAACACCAAUGUUGCCAAUGCAGGACUGUACUACAAUGAGUACAUUUGCUAUGAUGUCGCUCAAGUCAAGCUCCGCUACCUGCUCCGCGUCAAGAUCUAG